AUGUCAGGAGCAAAUCCCCAAAGCCCUGACGGUACGCAUGAGGACACUACCGAUGAUGUCGACGAUGCCUACAAAGGUAUUAACUGGAGUAAGCUCGAAGGCUAUACCAUGGCACCGCAUUCCAAGCGACAGCACAUCUCCUGGACAUGGGAACAUGGAUAUCGCAUUCAAAACAUGAAUAGCCAAGUUAUCUUCUGGCUUUGCAAGAUUUGCAUACAGAGAAAGGCUAACAGGAACACGAUGUACAAUAUUGCUGGCGGCUCGCACUCGCAGAUACGUCACCUCCGAGAUAAACACAAUUUGGAUGCGAACGGCCCUAUUCAAAAGAAGCGGCGGCUUACUUUCAACGGCAACACCUCGACAGCAGGGCCGAUCGAGCAAGCUCUUGUCAAUCAGCGAAUACCAUCCAGGACCACCUAA